AUGAGUUACUUUCUGUCUUACUCCAAAGCUCACAGCAGCUCUCUUCUCACUGGCUACCAGGCCUUACGGGCUGAGGGCAUUUUGUGCGACGUGACACUGGAGACAGAGGGCAGUGAGUUCCCAGCGCACAGGUCACUUCUGGCAUGCUCCAGCGACUACUUCAAAGCCCUGUUCAAGAGUCACACUCAGGAAUCUCGGGCUCGUGUAAUUCACCUGCAUGUGCCUUCAGCGGCUGGCCUGCAGCGCCUGCUGGACUUUAUCUAUACUGCCUGGCUGCCCCUCUCUAUGGACACUGUGGAGGACACUCUGGAGGCUGCCAGCUAUCUGCAAGUCACCGAGGCCUUGGGGCUGUGUGGCCACUACCUGGAACAUCAGCUUGCCCCAGAGAAUUGCUGCUUCACUGCCAAUGUGGCUGCUCGCUUUGGCCUGGCUGGCACUCUACGUGCAGCAGAGCAGUGCAUUGUGGGCCACCUGCAGGAGCUGCUACUGAUCGGCACUGGCCCCUCAGGGCUACUGGAACUCAACCCUAUAUCAAUGAAGGUUGUGCUGGGUGCCCCUGAUGUGGCACGGGUGGCUGAGACACGGCUGCUGGGUCUGGCACUAGCCUGGCUGAGGCAGGAACCUACGACCCAGCGCCUGGCACACAGUUCAACACUGCUUGGAUGUAUUCGCUUUGGCUUGGUGCCUGCAGGUGUUCUGAGGCGCGUGUACUCAGGCUCUGGUCUUACUUUACCUACUCGGAUCAAGGGCCUCAUCAUCCAGGCCCUCAAUUACCACACAGCACCUUCCCGCCAGCCACUCCUACAGGGAGAACAGACUAGUAUCCGGAGUGCCCGGACCCGUGUCUUGCUGGUUGGUGGUCUCAGAGCUAGGGAGACUGUUACUGAGGAAAUUGUGGCCCUGCCAGAGGUUGUUAGGCAUCGGCAUCCUGAACCUGAACCAGAGGAAGAGGAGGGAGAGGAGGAGGAAGAGAUGGAGGAGAAAGAGUGGGAGCUAACCCAGGAUGUGGUGUCCUUCGAUGUGUACAACCACAGCUGGCACAGCCUGACACGGCUGCCUGCACCACUGCUAGGCCACAGUGUAUGUACCAUGGGCAACUUCCUAUUUGUCCUCGGAGGGGAGAGCCUUUCUGGUAGCCCAUCUAGCUCCCUAGCAGACCUGGGCCCAAGGUCGGUCACGGCCUUAGUGCACCGUUAUGACCCGCGCUUCCACACUUGGACAGAGGUGCCCGCCAUGCGAGAAGCGCGGGCCUACUUCUGGUGUGGAGUGGUAGGUGACAGUCUCCUGGCCGUUGGGGGUCUGGGCUCCUGUGGCGAGGCACUGGCCUCAGUGGAGAUGUACGACCUGCGUAGGGACCGCUGGAUGGCAGCUGGGGAGCUGCCUCGGGCACUGCACGGUCACGCGGGUGCCGUUGGGGACCAUGGUGUCGUGUACAUCUCUGGGGGCAAGGCUGGGAGAGGUGAAGGAGGCACAAAUAGCCUCCGAGAUAUGUACUCCCUUAGUCCCGGACAAAGGGCAUGGAGUAAGAGGGCACCCAUGGGCACAGCUCGCUAUGGGCAUUACCUUUCGGUGCUGCGAGGUGCGGUGUUUGCCUUUUUGGGAAGAUAUGAGCCCUUCUCUGAGAUCGAACGCUAUGACCCCAGCACAGACCAGUGGACUCGGUUGAGGUCACUACCCUACGACCGCUUCUGCUAUGGACUUGCUGUGGUAGAAGAGACAGUGCUGCUGCUGGGCGGUCUCAAGUGGAGGGAUUCACACCAGGUGCCAACUCGUAAUGUAGUGGGCUAUGACCUUGACCUGGACCAUUGGGAAGACUUAGGCUGUGUGCUGCCCUGGGCAUGGAGUGGCCUUCAGUGUGCUGUGCUGCAGCUGGAGGAAGGAGGGGAGGAGACAAGGGAGGGAGAACCUGGAGAGGCACUAGAUUUAGUGUUGGGUUGAGUAGGUGAGUCUAGUCUUCAGCAGAUCUAAGACAAAACUGUACUUGCCCUUGCCUGCAGAGCAAAGCUUUCCCCCCUAAGAGUUGGGCAGUUCUGAAGGGAAAGGAGGCAAAGAAGACUUUGGCCAAGGAUAACUAUUUCCCUUCAACUGCAACUGGUAGCCA